ACACUUUCCCCUGGUGUUAGAAGUGUCACUGUGGUUGUUAUGGUAACCUGGACGGGGAAUGACAUCAACCACACACUGAGCAACACCAACACCAUGCAACAAUUCUCAGUGACGUUGUAUGAUUGUCGUGACAUGGCCAGUGAAUAUUCGGAAUGUGUUGCGGUCAGAAUGGGGUCAGAGUUCGCAUGUGGGUGGUGUGGGGGUAGUUGUGAGGUGAUGCAAGAGUGCUCCAAUACUUUCAUUACUGAGGAGAACACUCCUCCUCCCCCUGUCAUCAACUCAUUCACUCCAAUGUCGGGACCAGUUGAGGGUGGUACAGCAAUCACUGUGAUGGGCACUGACUUCGGAGGAACUUUUGUCGACGUUCAGACCUCCACUCUUACAUUAGGAGGCGUGGCUUGCACUCCCCUCAUCACUGGUUACAUACCAUGGAACCAGUUUGUCUGUGAGACUACCAUAUUUUCAAUUGGAGGGCCCAAAGACUUCUCUCUGACCAUUAACUCUAGAGUAGCCAUUGUAAAUGUUGGCUCCUUCACUGCAGUGGAACCUACUGUCAGCAGUGUGACUCCAACCCUUGGAUCUAUGGAUGGGGGAACUGCAGUAGUUGUGAUAGGGACUGCACUGGACGUGGGUAAUCAGGAGGACACUAGAGUCUCUCUGGAGAUUAGUGGGUCAAACUACGUCUGCAACGUAUCGUCUAUCCAGUCUCAAGAGAUUCAUUGCAGGACCUCAGCAUCAAACCUCACCUCCGCUGCAUUGGUGGUAGUGUCCAUUGAUGCUGCCAGAGUCAGCAAUCCAGGAGUGGUCUUUAGUUAUCGUAACAACCCUAAUGUGACUGUCGUGUUUCCUAGCAACACCAUUCCUAGUGGAGGCAUCACACUGACAUUUACUGGAGUGAAUUUGGACGUUGUACAACUGAUUGUUUUGGAAGUCUACCAUCAGCCAAUGUUGGCUCCCCUGAGGAGCAACUGCAGUGUUGUGGACAAUACCACCAUCACAUGCUUGACUCCUAGUCUGACAACAACCUCACUGACCCCAUUGGACUAUGCCCUACUGUUUGAUGAUGUCCCACUCAUUACACAAGCACGCUUCCCUAUCAGCGUCCAAUCAGAUCCCUCUAAUUUUAGACUAAAUAGUUCUCAAGAGGUCACCAGUGGCACAGAGACGCUCAUACGCAUUGUGGGUGAUAAUCUUGACUCAGUGGAAACCAGUGAGAUAGGAGUGAUCGUGGGAGGGGAGGAGUGUACCAAGACACUCAGUAAUUCAAGUGUUAGAGGGAGUGUUAUAUUCUGUACUGCCCCCUUGGAUCCCCCAGGAGGGGAAAACCCAGCCAUAAUUCAAGUGAACGUUGGGCGCAACAUCUCUCAAGUAUUGGACCAGCAACUGACCUACACAAGUCCUGUGACUGCAGUUCAACUGGAGAUCAUCAUCCCGACUGUUUUGGGGGUUAUUGUGAUGAUUGUGUGUGUAAUGCUGAUCAUUUUUGUUCGUUUCUAUCUGAACUCUCGAAAGAAGAUCGUGUCAAUUGCUAUGCAUGAACAGAUAAUGGAAAUCGUGGCUAAUACGAGAACACGGGAGGACAUAUUUCCUAUGGAUGGUAAUACUGCACUUGUUAAAUCGGAGCUCGAUGAGAUUGCUGAGUCCAUCCCAGACUCAAUCAAAAUACCAGCCUCCAUAUUGAAGCUCUCCAGUACUGCAAUAGGACAAGGUGAAUUUGGCAUUGUGUACAAGGGCGUCCUGACAGACUGGAACAAUGUACCUAUUCAAGGGGUGGCCGUGAAGACUCUAAAAGGUCUGUUUUCGCUGUCGGAUGUUCAGAGCAUGGUGUGUGAGGUGAAUAAGAUGCAAGACUUUGACCAUCCUCACGUCAUGUUCCUGAUAGGGGUGUGUCUCGAUGCUGGCCCCGGCAUUGCUAUGGUGAUGCCAUAUAUGGCCAACGGGAGCCUCAUUGGAUAUCUCAAGAGAGAGAGGAGCAGCCUUGAGUUGGACGAUGACUGUGAGAUUGAUCAGAUUCUGGAAGUGAGGAAACUGCUACUAAAGAUGUGCCAUCAGAUAGCACUGGGAAUGGCCUACUUGGCCGAGCAGAAUUUUGUCCAUCGCGACCUUGCAGCAAGAAACUGUAUGCUGGACUCGGGAGGGAGUAUCAAGGUGGGGGACUUUGGUCUGGCUGAGGACGUCUAUGCUAGUGGCUACUUCAGACAGAACGACCGAGCCAAUGUGAAGCUUCCCUACAAAUGGAUGGCCUUGGAGAGUCUCAACGAUGCCAUCUUCACAGAGAAAACUGAUGUGUGGUCGUAUGGUGUGACUGUGUGGGAGAUCUUCAGUGGAGGAGAGACCCCUUACCCUGCGGUGGACCCACACUCCCUCAUCCAGCUGCUGGGAGAAGGGCGGAGACUAGAGAGACCUCUCACUGCAGCCUGUGCCACCGAGAUUUCGGAACUGAUGUCUCAGUGUUGGAGGGAGGAUCCAGAGGAGAGGCCAACUUUCUCACAAUUGUCAGCCAUUGUGGAGAGGCUACUGACAUCCAUUUCUGGCUACACUGAGUUUGGUAUGGUGUUACUGAAUACCAUUCAAGAAGCGGAGCAGCUUAAAUGUGACAAUGUACCCACACCCACUGAAGACACUAAUCGCUAUGUAGAAGGCUCACCAGGCCACCCUCUAUAGCAUUCAAAAACAGAAUGCAUGUACAAAGAAUUUACUGCAACAGACAAUAAUAUAAUAUUGCUAUAAUUAUAGCCUUUAGUUCAUGAGGUUAAAGAUUGAAUUGUUGUUCCCUGUAUACAAUAAUUAUGAUAUAGUGUGUAUAUAAUU